AAAAAAAAUCAGCCACCACCUCAUAUGCAAAAAAAAAACACUAAUCACGCAAACAACAAAAAAAUCAAGUGAAAAACAGAGUAUAAAACACCAAGGGUCCAGGCGUGUUCAGUUCAGUUCAAUCUAGCGAUGUAUUGUUCAUUAUCUACAGGCUGGCCCGAUCAAAAUAGCAACAAAAAUGGAGCAUCCAGAAGCGCAUCAUAAAGUGAACUUCGGAGUCCAAUCCUCAAACCAAGUUGAUUGAACCUUGCCCAAGAUCCAGGACUGUGACAGUAUCGAGGGAGAGAGAGACCACUUGAAUGCUGGGACCUUCCCCUGGAGUAGUGAGUGAGAGGGAGACAGUCAAUCGCAGACAUCUUCUUCCAGCAGUAGUGAGCAAGAGCCAAGAUGCUGCAGAUUCAACUGGGAAGAGUGGCAAUGAAGAGAAUGGGGAUGUAUCUGAUGAAAAUCGAGAUCCAAACACUGCACUUGUCAAAUCCAUGAAACACAAGAAAAAGAAGCACAAGCAUCGGAGUAAACACAAGAAGCACAAGCAUUCUUCUGAAGAUGACAAGGAGCGGAAACACAAACAUAAACACAAGCAUAAAAAGCAUAAAAGGAAAGAGACUGAGGGCUUUGAGAAGGAUGAUGAUCACUCAAUCAAAAGACCUAAAUUUGAUGAUUACGCUCUUCUGGAGGACUUAGAGAAACAGAGGGCACUGAUAAAGGCUGAAUUGGACAGUGAACUCAUGGAAGGAAAAGUUCAAUCUGGCAUGGGCUUAAUUUUGCAGGGUUAUGUGUCUGACUCUGAGGAAGAGGGGGAAAUUCAUGAAAAAGCUCAUAAUGGUGAAAGGGUUGCAUCCAGCCGUGAUGUUUCUGAAAUAUUGCCUGUGAGAGACAACAAAGUGAAAAGGGAACCCAUAGAAUCUAAACCUUCUUCAAAGAGGAAAAGUAAAAGCAGGUCAAAAGACAGGACUAAACAUACUAAAUCUGAGAAAAAGAAAAGUAAAGUGAGUUCAGAGCACCGAAAGGAGAAAGAGAAGGCAAGAAGUAAAUCACAUGAACGGAAGCGUUCAAAGAGUCCCAUCAAAAGCAGUAAGACUGGAGAGAAAAGCAAGUCUCCAACAUUGACUAAAAGACGAUCCCAAGAAAAGAAACGAAAGUCAACUCCCACAGAAGAUAGCUCCAAAUCAAAAGAUCGAAAAAUUGUAAUUGAAAGCAAAACAAGGGAGCGAAAUAAAAAAUCUAAGUCUCCUGUGAUGAAAACCAGUAAGUCAGGAGACAGAAGUCAGAAAUCCAAAUCCAAAGAGCGUGAGAAGAGAUCAAAAAAAUCUGAGAUGGAAAAGGAUAAAAAAUCUGCAAAGUCACCUCCCAGAGAUGCACCUUCUGGAAAGGAGAAUCGAUCUCCUUUAAGGAGAUCUGCACUUUCUCCUAAAAGGAGAAGCCUAUCUCCAAAACAUCGGGAAAAGUCAUCAAAGCAUAGUCGCUCACCGAUUAUUAAUGAUCGUCCACCUAAACCAAGUCGGUCUCCCUCGCGGAAUAUGUCCCCACCCAGAAGAGCUAAAAGCAGAUCUGUAGAACGAAGGAGAAGAGAGAAUGAACGAGCAAGAGCUUUAUCUCCAAGAACACGGUCUCGUGAUGAACCAGCAAGUAGGCUAGAACGAUCCAGAGAUGUCAGCACAUCUCGAAGGUCUCCAGCAAGACGAAGAGCCAGCAGGUCCCCUAUUCGAAGGCGAUCACGUUCACUCCUCAGGCGAAGUCGUUCUCCAAGGAGGAGAAGCCGAUCUAGGAGGAGGUCUUUGGAUAGAGACUGGAAUAGGAGAAGCAGAUCUCGAAGAAGGCGAUCUAGGUCACGAGGUCGGCGUAGACGUAGAAGUGGAAGUAGAGACAAAGAAGAUAAAUUUAAAGGAAGUCUUUCAGAAGGCAUGAAAGUUGAACAGGAAUCUUCUGAUGAAAAUCUGGAAGAUUUUGAUGUUGAAGAAGAAGAUGAAGAAGCUGUUAUUGAACAAAGGCGCAAAGAGAGACAGGCAAUUGUUCAGAAAUAUAGAAACCCAAAUGAGGACAGCAACAUGUCUGGAUUGUCUGAACCAAAUAGUCCUCAGAGUAGUACACGGAGCCGCUCCCCCUCUCCUGAUGAUAUUCUUGAGCGAGCUGCUGCAGAUGUCAAGGAGUAUGAAAGGGAGAAUAUUGAUACCUUUGAGGCUUCUGUCAAUGCCAAACGAAACCUCAUGUCACUCGAGCAGAAAGAAGGAGCUGCUCUGAAGAAGCCAACAGUUCCGGAUAUGUUUACAGAAUCCGAUGAUAUGUUUGCUGCCUAUUUUGACAGUGCUCAUCUGAGGGCUGCUGGAUUUGGAAAAGAUUUCAAAGAAAAUCCCAAUCUCAGGGAUAACUGGACUGAUGCAGAAGGCUAUUAUAGGGUAAAUAUUGGGGAAGUUCUGGAUAAGCGUUACAGUGUAUAUGGUUACACUGGUCAAGGAGUUUUCAGUAAUGUUGUACGUGCCAGAGAUAUGGCAAGAGCUAGCCAGGAGGUGGCAGUCAAAAUCAUCAGGAACAACGAGCUCAUGCAGAAGACUGGUUUGAAAGAGCUGGAGUUCUUAAAGAAAUUGAAUGAUGCAGAUCCUGAUGACAAGUUCCACUGCCUGAGACUCUUUAGGCAUUUCUACCACAAGCAACAUCUCUGCUUGGUCUUUGAACCUCUGAGCAUGAAUUUGCGUGAGGUAUUGAAAAAAUACGGGAAAGAUGUCGGCCUUCAUAUAAAGGCUGUAAGGUCAUACAGUCAGCAGCUGUUCCUUGCUCUGAAGUUGUUGAAGAGAUGUAACAUCCUACAUGCUGAUAUCAAACCUGACAAUAUUCUGGUAAAUGAAUCCAAAACAAUCCUAAAACUUUGUGACUUUGGUUCAGCUUCACAUGUGGCCGAUAAUGAUAUCACUCCAUACCUUGUCAGCAGAUUUUACCGUGCACCGGAAAUCAUUAUUGGGAAGAUUUAUGAUUAUGCCAUCGACUUGUGGUCUGUUGGUUGCACACUUUAUGAGCUAUACACAGGAAAAAUUUUGUUUCCUGGCAAAACUAACAAUCACAUGCUGAAACUCAUGAUGGAUUUAAAGGGCAAAAUGCCAAAUAAGAUGAUCAGAAAGGGCGUCUUCAAGGAUCAACACUUUGAUCAGAAUCUGAAUUUCAUGUAUAUUGAAGUGGAUAAAGUGACAGAAAGGGAGAAAGUCACUGUUAUGAGCACUAUUAAUUCUACUAAGGACCUGUUAGCUGACAUGAUUGGUUGUCAGCGUUUGCCAGAAGAUCAGCGUAAAAAGGUUCACCAGCUGAAAGACUUGCUCGAGCAGAUUCUCAUGCUAGACCCAGCCAAGCGUGUCAGCAUUAACCAGGCACUGCAGCAUCCGUUCAUUCAGGAGAAGAUUUAAUCAGAGCAUUUAACGGGUUUGAGCAAUUAAACAAAGACUGGAAAAGUCAGAGAAAAGUAUUUUAGUAUGUGUGAAACAUGAUGUUUACCGUGAAAUAUGCAUGAAGUUAAAUUAAAAGAAAAAUGUUACUUCUCACAGGAAUAUGAGUCACUGUAAAUAUAUUGAUUUGUUUUUUCCAAAUUGUUUUCAUUCUUUCACUGUAGUUUAACUGCUAAGACUGCACACAAACCGUUUAUUAAAAUUAUUUUAAAAUCUUAUAAACAAUGGUAUUUUGUGGAAGACUAACUCCAAAUCUGCAAGAUAUAUCUUUGUUUUUGUGCAGGCUUAGCCCAUCCUUGUCUCUGUGACAAUGGCCGAGGUAAAAUGAUGUUUAUAUUCACAUUUUCCUAGGUGUGUGUACGCAGGCCAGCAUGCCCUUGGUGUACUCAGUGCCGAAGGGGUCUGUCCCUACCUGUGCCUGCUCGCAGGGAUGGUCACAUCAUUUAAAGCAGGUUGUGUACCACUUUCAGUACACUGAAGGUAAGCUAAACCAUCAACAUUACUGGUAUAUUAGCAUUCAUUGUCAAAGAUAGGCAGAGCUGAUAAAUGAGAAGUAAUAGCAUCAUGGCAGAAUGCCUUGCUCGCUGGUGACUGUGAUAAGAUAUUAAGUAGCUUGUGAAUUUGCUAAUGUACUGCUGGAACUAUGCCAGUUGAUAGAGUUCAGAGCGCGGAAGUUUGAUGAGUCUAGCACCUUCAGUGUACUGUUUACUACCAUUUGAAGUUGUUAUAGAUUGUGGUAGAAAUUUGUCAAUGCCAAAAAAUUCUGUUUCUUAGUAAAUCUGUACCUAUAGUCCAUUAAUAAACAGAAGCAGUUUCAUUUAGUCAUUAAAAUGGAAAAAGAUUGGGGUUUUAUAUUUCUUUGUAGAUGUCUAAAAUAUGAGACCGCUGAAUUUUUAAAAAAAUUAAAAUUAAGAAAUUGUUUUACAGUAAGAAUAUCCAUUGCUGCGUUAUGUGCAUUGGUUUCAUUAUUUGUGAUCAUGUUGUCUCUCAAUACAGGCAAACAUAACCUUCCACUCUUGAGCAAAGCAGCUGCUUUUUAAAGCAGUAAUUGCUUCUUUACCUUUCUUUUGUACAUUUAAUUUGGAUUUUAUAUUUUUUUCUUCUUAAGAUGAGUUCUGAUGAAUUUGAAUUAUAGUUCUGUACUAAGUCCCUUCACUAACAUAAGGUACUAUUUGAGUUCACAAUGGAAGAGAAUCCUUAAACAGCUGCCCCCUCCCCAACACCACGAGCUCCCACAUCCCUCAAUUCCUCUCCCCCCCCCCCGCCCCAACGCAGUUUCCAUUUGCCAGUUAUCCUUUGGAGAAGGAAUUAAAUUAUAUUGCACAAUGCCUUUGCUUAUAUUUGAAGGUAAGUUGGGGCAUCUUGUCAGGUAGCUGCGAGUUUUUCCUCCAUCUAAAGUUACUUCUGCAUAAUACCAGAGAGUUUUGGUAAAUGUUUCAGAUCUAUAUCGAUGACUAAAGUAUUAGCAGAUGUUAUUACAGCUGCUUCACAAAAGCCCUGGAUGCAGUCAGACCUCUGUACAACUACAGUGGUGACUUGCUGAGCUGAUCUCAUUUCUUUUAAACUUUAUUUUGCUAUCCCUGUUAUCUUGGUAUGGAAUGUUUAAUGGGAACCAUUUUCUAUGUAAACAUGACAUUUUUAUCCAGCAAUCUUUUGUACAAAGUAAUGCAAAAAAUAAGAUUAUCAAUUCACAUAUCAGUGCACUCAACGUAAAUUGCCUUCAGUUGCUGUAAGCCUUUCACUAAAGAAAUAAAAACUGGCAAAAACAAUUUGUGCGAAGGAGUAGUUGAUUAGUUUCCUAAUGUCUGUGCUCAGCAUCAGUUUAGGUAAUGAUCUAGCUAAUUGCAAAAGUACCUUUUUAAAAAGUGACAUUAUUUAUUAGAACUGUCUCAAUAAUUUCAGUGAAAGGUCAGCACAGUUCACAAAGCUGUAUGGAAGUCUGAUCCGGUUUCUCUGUUCUGCAAAAUAACUAAUGAUUUGUACUGUUUUCUUACUUCCUUCAAUGGUGCUGAGAGAGAAAGGAAAGCACGUUAUGUUGCUAUGCUGGAGGGCAACAGGCCACGUCACCUGGUCCAUGGGCCUGCUCUGAAUGAGACACCUUCUCCUUCAUCUCUCCACAAGGUCAUUCCUGACAGCAUGCCUAGAUAAGCAUUUCAAACCAGAUGAAAAGUGCAUUUCUUGCAACUGUUACCUUUUAAGAAAAUAAAACACUUUGAGUAGUGACACUUCUAAGGAUUCUUUGCUUUGCUUCAUUUGUGAUGUAUGUAAAGAUUUAAAUUAAGUUUUGAGCAUUUUAGGCUUGAGGCAUUUUCUCAAAAUUAUUUAAAUUCCUUUUAUGGCAAAUUUUUUCACAGGCUUUUAUUUUUAAAGACAGCACAGCAAAAUUUAAGGGAUCAAGGUGUUUCUUUACUUGUUCUCUGUCUCUUAGGUGCAACCUGAAGGGAGACGAUGCAUAUUGCAAGAGCGUGAAGACUGAAUUAAGGUUUCUGUCCCAUAAAGACAUCACUUGCAGUGACUUUAAGUAACUGGAAUAUCACUGUUUGCUUGGGAUUUUUCAAUUACAUGGUGGCCUUAAAAACUUCGCUACUAAAUCUCACAUGGCAGGGACCAGUAUCUUUUGAAUUUUACUCUCAAGUGAAAGUUUUAUAACUUGAUUACAGUUUCAAAUGAACUGUCUGCUAAUUCAUAAUUUUGGGUGGUCUAUUUAAUAGUAUAGGAUUCAACUAUCAUUGUUACUUUGUAAGAUCGAAGUACACAACAUUUAAAUUUUUAUGAAGUCUUUGUGAUUCCAAGCCCAAAGUUAAAUCUCACUCUUUUGUCAGAUGAUCUCUUUAUAGUGAAAUAAACUACUUUCUUGAAAUGUAGCAAGGUGUUAAAAUCUUUAACUAUGUCCAAUUUGAAGUCUGCAAUGCAAUUUUAAUGAUAAAUCUUGGUUUAUUCUCAUUGCAUUCUUUUGGUAGAGUGUAUUGAGGUUAAAUAUGAAAACUAUUAAACAGUGAAAUUACUAUGACUAAUAAUCUGUAACUCAAUUAUUCUGCAUGAGUGUCACAGGUACCAUAAUAGUAAGCAGUGAUGGGCCAAAUGGUCUAAUUCUGCUUCUAUAUCUUAUGGUCUCUAUCUUAUUGUCAAUAUUCAGAUCUGAAUCCUCAUUUCCCUGAUUUAAUAUUGUACUACACUAUGGUUUUAUUGGAGAGGAACUAGUAAACAAUUAGUAAAAAUUGAAAAUUGAGAGGCAAUUCAUAAAUAAGAUUUUUUUCCUUGUUUGAAUCAAGUUAAACUACUCUUAUCCUGUGUUUUAUUCCAUAGGUGGGGACCACUUUGUAAAUUGCCUCCACCUACGAUUGAUGAUUCAUUGUGUUAGCAUCGACACGAAUUACUGACAUCAGAGUUCUUCAGUGUUGAAUGAAAGUGAAGAUGGUUUCACACAAUUAUUUUUCAAUACAUUUAUACCUGAGAGUAUAUUUGUAUUGUAUGUUUAUUGAAAUAUUGUAUAUAUGUUAGAUUUUUGCCAAUUACUAAUUGUUGGUAAUCAUCCUUAAACAAUUAAAGAAACCCAUAAAUACUGAACAGUAGUGAUGAUACCACUAAAGGAUGCAGUUCAUCAUGUAAUAUGUAAAUAUACUUUGUUACUUUUAAAAUAUGCUUUCAUUAAAUCCCUUCUAUUAAAAUAAUUUAGUAUGAAUGAAUGUUUCAUUUGCAGAUUCAUUGAAUGAAGGUUGGAUAUAGCUCCUGGUUGCUGGUAUAAACAUGUCAAAUCUGCUUUGGAUUUCUGCCUUUGUUCUGAAUGUUGAGACUGCUCCAUGCACUAUUUGUGGCUUUCAGUCAGAUCAGAGGUUCCUGAGCUUUGUUGCUGCACCUCACUUCCCUUUUUGACGCCCCUUUCUGUAUCCAUUCUGAUAAAGUGCCACCACUGCACCUUAAAAUGGAAAGGUUAAUUAUUAAAUGAACCCUCCUAUCUUUGAGAUUGAUUCAGCCUCAGUCUCCAGAAGCUUUGGAGCUGCAGCCAGUGAAGGUGAUGCAAUACUAACCAGAGUCUUGAGGGGGUGGGUUGAAAGUGAGGGCAAGUCUUUCAUGAGGGCUGCAGUUUGGAGUUCAUUGAUACCUGCCCGCUGCACCUGGUUGGCUUUAAUUUUGUCACAUGGUUGCAGUGGAGGCUCUCAAGUCUCUCCUAGACUACUUGAACAAGUGAGAACAAGUAUGGCCUUUGUAUGAAGUAAAAUAGAAAAUGUUGGGAAAACUCAGCAAUUCAGGCAGCAUCUGGGGAAUGAGAAAAUGAUUGAAAGAUUCAUGUCUGCAAGGGUGGUCGUUUCACAAAAGUACUUCGAUCUUCACACCUUUGCAGGCCUAGGGAGAACAGGAUUGUAGCCAAAACAUGACUUCUAACAAACUGUCAUGUUCCUUUUAAUAUUUCUGACCUAAAAUGUUAUUUGAGGUGCAUUAGCUCCUGGGUUGGAGCCGUGCAGCCAGCAUGCAAGCCCUUCACUAUCACACAGGUCAAGCAAAGGUAGUCUGUUGCCUAAACUGCAGAUGGCACAGUGGCAUAUUACUGCUGCAGUUCACCAACCCAGUGACCUGGCUAGGUCAAUCCUAACCUUAGCUGUUUUCUGUUUCCUUUGGCUGCUCCAGUUACCUCCCACAUCCCAAAGACUGCUUCAUUGGCCAUUGUAAAUUGCCCCAAGUGUAACAGGGAGAAUCGGGAAUAAUUGAAUGGACAUAUCAGAAUGGGUUACAGCGGAAAAAUGAGGAUUAAUGUUGCCAUCUGAGCUAGCUUGGACCAAAUGGCUCUUUUCUAAGGGAAGGCAUGUUGGGGAUAUGUUGUGGAGUUUGCCAACCCUCCUGUAUCCAUUAUAUAAGAACCCAGUUUCAAUGUUUACCCAGUAUUCUGGCCAGAAAAGUCCAAGGUACUGCAUGUCCAUUGAAGAUUGCAUCCUAAAGGAGAUCCCAGCAAUAGAACAUAGAACAGUAUAGCUCCAAUGGAAGGCCAAUUUUCAAUUGACAGACACUAAAAUUGGGAGCCAGGCAGUUUGUGCUCUCUCUGUCUUGGUAAUCCAUGGCAGGAGUGAACAUGCUUUUGUGUGAUCUAAGUCCUCUGAGAAUUAUUUAUUUAGAGAUACAGCAUGGUACCAUGCCCUUCCAGGCCAAUGACUUUGUGCCACCCAAUUAUGCCCAUGUGACCGAUUAACCUACUGACCUAAAUGUCUUGGGCAGAGGGAGGAGGCUGGAACACCCAGAGAAAACCCGCGUGGUCACAGGAAGAAUGUCCAAACUCCUUACAGACAGUGGAAGAAUUGAAGCUGGGUCACCGCUGCUGGAAUACCAUUAUGCUAACUGCCUUGCUACUGUGCUGCGCCCCCGCCCCCCCCCCCCCAGUGUGGACAGUAUCUUGGCAGUGACUAUUGUUUCAGUGAAGGCAACCACACAACACUGAACAGAUAAUGUUGGGGGUCAGGGACAGGAGUAGUGGGUGGGGUCCUAGUGAAGCACAAAAUAUUGGUGUAGGUAGAGCAAGUAUUUCCAACAUAAACAUGUUGUUGCAGGUUGGGGGUAGAGUAUAAAAGUGAAGUCUUAUUAUAACUGUACAGUGCACAUGUAUUUUCAUUAUAUUUCAAAAUAAAUUCUAUUCAUUAAAAUA